AUGGCCCUGAUCAAGGACAAGGAGUCCGCAAGAAAUAGGGUUUCUUUCCUGUUUCCCUUCUCAUUCUCUCUACCAAUGAUGAUGGCGGCGAAGAAGCAUUAUUGUUGCUGUGAAUGGAAGUGGAUUGUACUUUGCCAGCUACUCCUAGCUGUUGUUGUUUGCUCCAGCCACCAUGGUAAUAUUCGCUUGUUUUUCUUUAAGUUUCUGGUGCAUUGUUACAUGUUUUUGAUAUCAGGGAACCCUGCGAAUGAUCUUGUUGAUAUCAUAAAUAAGAAUCGAACAGCCCAAAAACUCCCACAGCUGAAUGACAAUCCUGGUCUUGGCUGCAUGGCUCUGCAAUAUGUUGAAUUAUGCAAGGGCAACUGCACUAGCAAUGGUGUUGUGAAUUGCAAACCACCUGAAGAUGACUUUACUGAGGUUUUUGGUCCGAAUUGUGGCGUAGAGCUGCCGACAUUUGGCACCAUAACAGGCCAUAUUGUAGGUUGUCAAUCUAAGUACCUUGAGCCAUUAGUAGCCUUUUCCCAUGUUCUGGUUAAGGACAGGAAAGCCUUAUCCCUGUUGAGAAACAAAUCACAUACAGCGGUGGGAGUAGGCUUGGUUGGGGCUCGUAAAAGUUCCUUCUUUUGGUGUAUUUUGUUUAGUGAUGGCCAGACAAAUUCCACAUUUGCUCUUGAAGAUGAUGGGAAAGGGAUUAAGCAAAAGGAGGGGUGCUUUAGUGGAAGCACUUUUCCAUGCAGCAGUGGACAGAGGAUCCCUGUGUUUCUUAACAAUGUCAUGGCCUUGCUUCUUCUGAAUAUUUGUCUGCUACAGCACUUGUAUCAAACUUGGUUUGUAUCCAUGUGA